UUUUCUCAUUGCGCUGACAUAAUUUCCUUGGCUUCUGGUGCAGUCGUGUUUACCUUGCGUGCUCUCUUCAAAACCUUUCGUAAAAGCUGGAUAUUUCGCUUUCCAAGUGUCAAAAAAAAGCCAACAAGAUUGCACACCUACUGGAAAACCCCCUGCAUCACGGCAACGGUGGAACGGCGGAUCGGCUUGGCGUAGACUUCGAGUUCUACAACGUGGCCUCCAAGGUGCACCCGAGUCCGGGGGCAGCGCGCAGUGUAUGGGCGCUGCCCCUGACAGCCUCCUCCUCAUGCAACAUGGUAGUGGCAGAGGAGGAUGGCCAUGCCCACGCGGAUGAGAUUCAUCUCGACCAUCGACCGCACUCCCCACCUUUAACGGGACGGGGAGCAGGUGCUUCAGGAGGAGGUGCUGAUGACCACGACAACGUCCUCCUUUUUGAGGGGCUAGAUGGGGCCACCACCGUUAAUUUGGAUGACAUCUUCGAUAUCAUCAAAAAUGGUGAGGUCAGCGAGGUGGAGAAUCUAGUGGACAAGUUCGGCAUGGAAUGCCUGUCUGCCCGGGAUCGACAUGGUUACACCCCGGCCCACUGGAUAGCUCUCAAUGGCAAUGUGCAGCUGAUGAGGUACCUCAUUGAGCGGUCGGCUCCUAUCGAUCUGCCCUGUCUGGGCACCCAGGGUCCGCGACCCAUCCAUUGGGCAUGCAGGAAGGGUCACGCCUCAGUGGUCCAGGUGCUGCUCCAAGCGGGCGUGGCUGUCAAUGCAGCAGACUUCAAGGGACUGACACCACUUCAUUUGGCCUGCAUGUACGGAAGAACAGCCACUGCUGCCUACCUUCUGGGAAUGGGAGCCCUGAACAACCUGACGGAUAUCAACGGAGAUACGGCGCUGCACUGGGCCGCCUAUAAGGGGCACGCCGAUCUGAUGCGGUUGUUAAUGUACUCGGGAGUCGAACUCCAGAAGACGGACAACUUUGGGUCCACGCCACUUCAUCUGGCUUGUUUAUCCGGCAAUAUGACCUGUGUUCGGCUGUUGUGCGAGAAAUCUCAGCUGGAUCUGGAGCCGCGGGACAAGAAUGGAAAGACUCCUAUUAUGCUGGCACAGGCGCAUCAGCACCAGGAUGUGGUGCGUCUUCUUUACGGCGAGGUGAAGAAGAAGUCUCGAUGGAUACCCUCGGUUUCAGAGAGCUGGGGCUGGCUUUUUGGAGGUGCCGGCGAUUCCAAGGGACCCCUCUUCUUAUUUCUGUUCUCGGUGCUGCUCUGGGGCUAUCCGAUGUAUAUGAUACGGGCGAUACCCAUUACCUGGAACAUAUUGAGGCGCUCCCACUACUGCUUUAUCUACUGGAACGCUGUCAUGUGGAUUAGUUGGGCUAUUGCCAAUCGACGGGAUCCCGGAUACAUACCCCUUAGCUCAGACGCCUACUACCGGGCUAUUAAGCAGAUUCCGUACUUUGACAAACUGAAAAAGCGAAACGUUAUGUUGACGAGGUUGUGCCAUAGUUGUCGAUGUCUCCGGCCCCUCCGGGCGAAGCACUGUCGCGUGUGCAAUCGGUGCGUCUCAUACUUUGACCACCAUUGCCCCUUCAUCUACAACUGCGUGGGUCUGCGUAACCGGAUGUGGUUCUUCCUGUUUGUUCUUUCGGUGGCAGUGAACUGCUCCUUAACCAUCUACUUCGCCUGCUACUGCGUCAUGAUCGAGGGCUUCACGCUGCUCUACGUCCUGGGAUUGAUAGAGGCAGUGGUUUUCUGUGGCCUAGGAUGGAUCCUUACUUGUACAUCGAUCCUCCAUGCCUGUAUGAAUCUUACCACGAACGAGAUGUUCAACUACAAGAGAUAUUACUAUCUGAGGGAUAAGCGAGGGCGCUACCAAAAUCCCUUCUCGCGCGGCCCCAUUCUCAAUCUUCUGGAGUUCUUUGUUUGUCUGCCGGAUCGAGGUGAUGACAACGAUCUGCUGCUGGAGGAUAACAUUUGAUUAAGGAUCUAGGAUCGAGCCCCUGCUCGCCGGCGAAAGGUGCCCGUGCGUGGAUAAUGAUGUGGGGUGGCAGCCGGAGACCCACUCGGGUAGGCUGCCAGUUUUGUUUUGCUCCCAAAGCUUUCUGCUUACGCGAAUGCUUCGAACUGAAAGACAGCAAGUGCGUUUUUUAUCAUCUACAAUUGCAAUCAUGAUACUAUUGCGGAAGAAACAUAUCUUAAAAAUGUGAAUUAAAAUGAAAAAAUUAAUGAAAUCUAUUUUAUAAAGUGAAUCAAUACCAUUUCUUCCGCACUGGUGUCCAAGCAUCGGCUAACCGAUCUUCUAGCUUUUCCAAUUCAUUACCCUCUAGCCUUAAAUAAGAAUACGCUUCUCUUGUUAGUUUUUGUACAAAAUUGUUAUGUAUAAAAUGUGUUAUUUAAUGAUCUCUAUAUUAUAUACCUAAUAUAAUAAUAAAUGGUGUAAAUGUUCACUAAAUGGCUAGGCGAGUGCCCGCUCCAGAUUGUUCA